GAAUCACUAGACUUACACAGUAUGACGAAACAUUUUCUUGCUUGCUAACAAGCUCUGUUAACAAGCUAAGCUACAAUUGUAUCUUUAACUUGAAUUUUAUCACCUGGUUCCUUUUUAGCAGUGAGUGAUUCAAAUCUUCUUAUAACAACGAAUUAACAAAAGUUGCUUUAUUUUUAUAUCAAUGUAAACAUGGAUACAGUUAAUCCAUUAAAGCGUCCAUUACCAGUGCCAAGUGAUCCUUUAAAAUUGUUGGUUUGCAGUAAUUGCAAAAAAGAUAAUAAUGUUGUUUUAAACCUGAAAACUUGUGGAUGCCUUUUCUGUAACUCUUGUGAUGGUGAUACUCGAGAUAUAUGUGUCUCAUGUCAAUCUAAAAUCGACCCAAAGAUAAAGUUGGCAUUUUUAAUAAAUUUAAAAUGCAAGUUUUAUGAAAUAAACAAGUGUUAUAAUAUUGCCGAAUACAAGUGUAAAUGUAUUCAAAACUGUUUUGUCUGUGGUUCAUGCCUUAACUUCAUUCAUGAAAAAAGAAUGAGUGGAUGUUGUGUUCCUGAAGUUUUGAGACCCAAAGUUACCACUAACCGUGAACCAUGUCAACUGUGCAAAGAAUUUAUUGCUGAAUUUAAAUUGAUUUCGGAACCCUUUACAAAAAUUUGCUUUAAUUGCAAAAUAAAUAAAAAAGCUAUGUGUACUCAAUAUGAAAAAAAAUCUGAGACAGAUUCAAUCUGGCAUCAGUUUAAUAGCGAUUUUGUACAAUCUUCCCAAUUUGCUUGCGAUAAUAUUAAACAACUCAAAGAAGUAUUGGAAGCAAGCAGUUUAGUUCGUGAUCAGGAGAUCAAAAAAUGCAAAGAUGCAAUAUCUGAAAUACAAAAGUGUUUGGACGAAUAUACUCAACAGUAUGAUCAACAAAUCUUAACACUCAAACGGCAACUCGACAGCUUCAAUAAGAUUUUAAAAAUCUUGUCGCCUGAUGGUAAAGUUAAAACUAUUCUUGACUCACUUCAAAAUGAAAAAUUGACCUUAUUUGGAGAACAAGGAAAAGUUCAAAUAAUUAAUUUUUUCAAAUAUUAUCGAGAAAAAAAUAACUAUAAUCCUGUCACUGAGCAAAUCAAGAGAUUUGUUAUUCAAAAGAAUUGCAGUAGGACACAUAUCUUGAAGUUUCCGUUGUCUUCCACAUCCAUUUCAGAUGUUUCAACGGAUUCAGAUACAAGUGUUCAAGAAAUCAUCGACAAUGGUGUCAAGACGUUUAUAAUUGUGGUUGAGAUGCCGACGUCAGCAAAUGAGCGUGAAUGCAUACUCGAAAAAAUUGAAGAACAUCGAGAUAAAUGGUUACGCACAACAGAUUUUCGUGUCAACUCUAAAGUGAUUAUAUUUGAUGCUGAUGCGACUGACACUCACAAAUACAAGAGGGCUAAAAUUUCAAAAAAAGGACUGAAAACGUCCGAAGUCUUUCUCCUUGACUUUGGCUUUGAAAUUACCGUCAAAAAUAGUUCAAUCGGUGAAAUUAACGAAAUCGAUAUUGAUGGAAAAAAAUCUUGUUUCCUUGCUCAACUCACUGGAAAUGUUGAUGUGAAAUGUGGCAUUGAGCAAGAGAGUUCGAUUUCUCAAAUUAUCCGAACUGGCGAUACAUUCGAAUUGCCAAAGGCUCAGCACAUACACUUUCUUGAUUAAUAAGAGCACAACUUAUUUUUAAUUUUUUUUACAAUUUAACCCUAUUGUAACAAAAUUCAUGCAUCAAAAAAAUAUAAACUCAUCUUAUAA